CGACAAUACCCAACUUCCCACCCAAAGUCGUCUCUGCCGCCGCGUGCCGUCCAUCUCGUCCUCUUUUCCAAUCCCUGAAAAAUUCGCUCCACUCAGAAACCCUAACACGUAUCCCACAACUUCUUUGUUUUUUUGAAAUUUUUUCCCCUGGCCGAAAUCUCUUUCGUCUUGUUUCACUACCUCACGUGAAUCUUCAUCAUCGGUUGUUGAUUUAUCUGCGAUCGAAUCACUACAAGGAUUAAUGGCUCCAAACGACGAAAUUGAGGUUAAUGGGAGGAAUGAUCUUCUAGUGCCUCUAUUGCAGCCUCCAGAAAAUGUUGCUAUUGAUAUCCCUGAACCAGUUAAGAACAUGGAUAAGAAAACAAGGAUAGUCAAGUUCAAAGUUGGCAAUAUCAACUGUGCAGCUUGUGCAACUUCCAUAGAAUCUGCAGUCGGAAAGCUUAAUGGGGUUGAAAGCAUUGCAGUGUUGGUUCUUCAAGGCCAGGCUGUUAUAAAGUAUAUACCAGAGCUUAUUGGUGCAGAAAAAAUAAAGCAGACUAUGGAGGAUGCUGGUUUUCCAGUUGAUGGGCUUCCAGAGCCAGAUAUUGCGGUAUGCUGGCUUAGGAUUAAAGGAAUGGCUUGCACCAGCUGCUCCGAGUCUGUUGAACAUGCCCUUCAAAUGGCUGAUGGAGUUAAAAAAGCAGUGGUUGGCCUAGCUCUUGAAGAAGCUAAGGUCCACUUUGAUCCAAACCUCACUGAUGUUAAUCGCAUAAUUGAAGCUGUGGAAGACGCUGGAUUUGGAACUGAACUGAUCGGCUCCGGAAAUGAAGUCAACAAAGCGCAUCUGAAAGUUGAAGGAAUUGAAGAUAUGACCAUCAUUCAGCGCUCCCUUGAGUCAGCUAUAGGUGUGGAUCAUGUUGAAAUCGACUUGGCUAAUCAUAAGGUAACUGUCACCUAUGACCCAGACCUCACUGGUCCUAGAUCUCUCAUACAACGCAUCCAAGAAGCCGGUAGCGGCUCUAAUUCUUUCCAUGCAAGCUUAUACAUACCUCUUGGACGAAGAGAAACUGAGAGGCAUCAUGAAAUUGAUAUGUAUAGAAACCAGUUCUACUUGAGCUGCCUAUUCACCGUACCGGUUUUUAUGUUCUCCAUGGUGCUUCCAAUGCUUCCUCCUUUUGGAAAGUGGUUAGAGCACAAGAUUUACAAAAUGUUUACGGUUGGCCUGUUACUAAGAUGGAUCUUUUGUACACCGGUGCAGUUCAUUAUUGGCCGAAGGUUUUAUUUGGGAUCGUACCAAGCAUUGAGAAGAAAAUCUGCCAAUAUGGAUGUACUUGUGGCUCUGGGGACCAAUGCUGCUUAUUUUUACUCUGUGUUUAUAGCAAUUAAGGCAAUGACUUCUGAUGCAUUUGAAGGGCAAGAUUUUUUUGAGACCAGUGCAAUGCUGAUAUCUUUUAUUCUUUUGGGGAAAUAUUUGGAGAUUGUGGCCAGAGGGAAGACAUCAGAUGCAUUGACGAAGUUGACAAAACUUGCCCCUGAUACAGCUUACUUAUUAACUUUAGAUGGUGAUGGAAAUGUCAUCUCAGAGACAGAAAUCAGCACUCAAUUGAUACAAAGGAAAGAUAUAAUUAAGAUCGUUCCCGGGGCAAUAAUUCCUGUUGAUGGUAUCGUUACAAGUGGUCAAAGCUAUGUGAACGAGAGUAUGAUUACAGGAGAAUCAAGUCCCAUUGAGAAAAAGUCUGGUGACAAGGUUAUUGGUGGGACUGUUAAUGAAAAUGGAUGUAUACUGGUUAAGGCCACCCAUGUUGGGUCUGAGACUGCACUUUCCCAAAUUGUUCAACUUGUGGAAGCUGCUCAGCUUGCCAAAGCACCUGUUCAGAAGCUGGCUGACCAAAUUUCAAAGUUUUUUGUUCCCAUUGUUGUUUUUGCUGCAUUUAUGACAUGGUUGGGUUGGUUUAUUACUGGAGUUGUCGGUAUUUACCCCAAACACUUGAUACCAAAAGACAUGGAUGAAUUUGAACUUGCGCUGCAGUUUGGUAUUUCGGUUCUUGUGGUUGCUUGCCCCUGUGCUCUGGGACUAGCAACCCCAACUGCAGUCAUGGUUGGCACCGGGAAAGGUGCUUCUGAGGGGGUGCUUAUCAAAGGAGGGAAUGCACUUGAAAAGGCUCACAAGGUGAAAACAGUGGUCUUUGAUAAGACAGGGACACUGACAGUUGGAAAACCAGUGGUGGUUAGUGUCAUGCUAUUUUCGACUGUUUCAAUGGAACAAUUUUGCGAAAUGGCUUCUGCUGUAGAGGUGAACAGUGAACACCCAAUAGCUAGAGCUGUGGUGGAUUAUGCUAAGGGACUGUGCCAGAAGCUUGAAUCUCUAAAUGAGUAUGUCAAAGAAGCUAAGGACUUUGAGGUGCAUCCUGGAGCGGGAGUGUCUGGAAAAGUUGGUGACAUAAUUGUUUCCGUUGGGAACAAGAGAUUCAUGCAAGCUUGUAAUGUCUCUAUAGGUCCUGAGGUGGAGGAUUAUAUUUCAGAGCACGAGCAAUUGGCUCAAACCUGUGUGUUAGUUGGUGUUGACGGAGAUGUUGCUGGAGCUUUUGCUGUAACUGAUCCAGUGAAGCCUGAGGCUGGACGUGUCAUAUCUUUCCUUCGCUCAAUGGGCAUCUCAAGCAUUAUGGUGACUGGGGAUAACUGGGCUACUGCAUCCGCCAUAGCAAAAGAGGUUGGAAUUGAGAAUGUGAUUGCCGAGACAGAUCCACUGGGAAAAGCUGACAAGAUCAGAUCUCUACAGAUGAAAGGUAUGAUCGUUGCUAUGGUGGGAGAUGGAAUAAAUGACUCACCAGCCUUAGCUGCAGCAGACGUUGGCAUGGCAAUUGGUGCUGGCACUGAUAUCGCUAUUGAAUCAGCUGAUAUAGUUCUUAUUAAAAGCAACUUGGAAGAUGUAGUUACAGCCAUAGAUCUGUCUCGAAAGAUCAGUUUUCGAAUUCGGCUAAACUACAUCUGGGCUCUUGGCUAUAACAUACUUGGUGUGCCAAUUGCCGCUGGAAUAUUAUACCCUUUCACUGGAAUUCGGCUUCCUCCUUGGCUUGCCGGUGCUUGCAUGGCUGCUUCUUCCCUUAGUGUUGUCUGUUCUUCUCUUCUAUUGCAGUCUUACAAGAAGCCUUUGCAUGUUCAAGAUUCCAAAACUGUAUGACUCCUCGGAUCUCAGUUUUGUUCACAGCGGAACUCAUUGCUUGGCCAGUCCAUUUACUUGUUUCAGCAUCUUUUCAUUUACAGGGAUAGGUUAAAACUCUCCACCUAAUUGCUUAUUGGACCUUAUCAUAAGCCGCGAGGGCCAGUAUGUGCAGCAACUAUAACUUCUUCAGAGAGAGCAAGUAUACUCCAGUUUCAACUUUUACUAUCGUCGUUGUUGUUCUUAGUUUGGAACAUGAUGUUCCAGCACAAAGCAUAUCAACCCUUGUACAUGAACCUGUUAGGUGUCUCAAGAAUUAUAUAUAGUUACAAGUUACAACGGCAGUAAUAAGCUGGUGCUUCCUUUAUGCCCAACUGGUUAAUAUUUAUGUAAUAUUGCUAGGAGAGCUUUGGAUUCCUGAAGGUUUAUGAAAAUUGACUGAUAUUAACUUGUGAGGCAGGGAAGAAGAAAGUUGACUCAAGUAGAGAAGGGCAAUUUUAUGAAAUAA